AUGCCGACAGUCCCAGGUUUUGAUGUUGCCGCACUUGAAACCGCCGUCGAGAAGCAUGUCGGCCACGGAAACGUCAAAUCUCUCACCAAAUUGAGCGAAGGUGGUUUCAAUCGCGUGCUUCUGGCUACUAUGGAAGACGGUUUCAGGGCAGUCGUCAAAAUUUCAUACAAGAUAUCCGUUCCGAAGACGUACGCAACCGCCAGUGAAGUCGCAACCCUUACGUUCCUUCGCUCAAAGGAUAUCCCGGUGCCAGUAGUCUAUGGGUGGUCUUCCACGAACGAGAAUAGUGUUGGUGUUGAAUAUAUCAUUAUGGAGCAUGCUCUAGGAGUUGGUGCGGAUACUUGUUGGUUUGAUACGACGAAAUAUCAGAAAAAGGCAUUGGUGACCGGGAUCGUCGAUAUUGAGAAGAAACUUUUCGAUAUCCCCUUUGCUUCUAUUGGCAGUCUCUAUUUCAAACGGGAUCUUCCUCCUCAUUUGCAAGGCCAACUAUAUCAGCCCGGGACGCCCGACGGGGAUGAAGAUUCCGAGACCUGCAUUGGGCCCAUCGCCGAUUAUAUGUUUUGGUAUGGGCAACGCGCGAACCUUGAGUUGGAUAGGGGACCAUAUCUUUACCCCAGCAAUGUCUUUGUUUGCCCAAACACGUUCAACCCCACAUGUAUCAUUGACUGGCAACACACAGUGGUCACCCCAUUAUUUCUUGCCGCUGGCUAUCCGAGGCUAUUCGAAAACCCAGACCCCGAGCCUCCAACAGGACUCGUUGCGCCCAAAUACCUAGAUAAUUACAACACACUGAGUCCCGAAGAAAAGGCUCAAGUUGAUGAGCUUAUCCGUCGACAAAGUCUGUUCUACCUAUACCGUGUCUUUAAUGGGGGCCUUAACAAAGUGCAUCUCCAAGCUCUACAAGGCCCCUUGGUUCUAUCACGUCAGCAUCUUGUCGAUUUUGCCGGCCGCCAAUGGUCUGGCAACCUCAUGACAUUGCGAGGAGCUUUGAUGCGUAUGCGUGACAUCUGGCUCCAUGUUCCGGGAAACGAUGGAAGUAUGGAAUGCCCCAUUGCGUUUUCAGGAGAGGAGAUGGAAGAGCAAACGAAGAACGAGCCAAUGUGGUAUAAUCUAAACAGACUUGUCAGCCAUUGGCGGGAUGUAUUAGGUGGCGUGUCAGAAGAAGGGUGGGUUCGUACUGAGCAGUAUGACUACGCCGUCAAACGAAACGAGGCCCUUCGAGCAGAGUUUUCGGAAGGUGGUAGUGCAGACGAGCUUGAAAAGAACAAGCGGGGAUGGCCUUUUCAGGAUCAUGAGGAGAUUUUUUAA